GGUGUUGCGGAAAAAAUAAUAUAUUCAUAUUUUAUUUGGAAACUGCUCAGUUCCCCCUCUUUCUUUCUUUUGAAACUCACCCAACCCAUAGAGCGAAAUCUCACAAUUUGGUUCACUCUCGUUCAUCAUCACUCAAUCUUCAACAAGGUAUGUUCCUCAUUCUCCACUCUUGUGUACUAGUAAUUUCUUUCUCUCCCAAGAACCCUAAAUCUUAGGUAGGAGGAAUCUAGUAGCAUUUAAACAAAACCCUAGGGUAGGUGACAUCAAAUUGUUGUGCAAAUGCUAUAUCCUGGUCUGAUUAACAAUGUUAGAGAUCCAAACAAAGACCCAAUGCAGGGAAGAGUUCUUCAGGUGCGCCGCAGCCGCGCCGCGGGAAACCGCAGUCGCGCCGCGGCUGGAGAGUUUUUGUUAAUUUUUCUGUUCUGAUUUUUUCUGUUGCUUUGUCAUUUGUUGUGAUAAUUGCAGAUGAAUCCUGCCAAGAGAGUACGCACCAAGUCCACAAGCUCUGGUCCUAGAGGAUCCCGUGCUACUGCAAACCAAGCUGAUAGAUUUCUAGGUCGGGCCCAAGCAGACAGGUUCAAGAAUCUGGGUUCCCGCACCAUUUUAACUGAGAAAGUGGUUGUCCCCUUAGGACAAGGAGGGGGUCCUUAUGCUGCUAUGUGGGAUUUUCUUGAGAAUAGGAACUGGCAACGUGUGUUCGAACCACACACCGUCAUUGACUAUGACAUAGUAAAGGAAUUCUAUGCAAACGCUAUCAAAACCACCGAUGAAUCAGUAGCCUACACAUAUCAAUCCUAUGGAGAGGACCAGAGCUUAGCCGGCAAGGAAAUCCAACACACUACAACAGGAAGGAUCUGA